AUGACGUCAGCAAUGCGGGUUGUAAUCUUCAUCCUCUCAUUCUCCAUCUUGCUGUCUUGUGUGGUUGCCCGUCGAGCUCCUCUACUUAGAACAAGUGAAGCCAUCAAGGAACAAUAUAUCGUGGUCCUUAAGAAAAACGCAGUGCUUUCAAACGUUCUUCAGUCCCUACGCGAAGAAUCCAACCAGAAAGUGGUAACUUUAAACAACCCGAUAAAAGAAUACACCAGAGUACUGAACGGAUUUGCCAUCUCCCUGUCAAAAACAGCAUUAGCCGUGGUGCGUGACCAUCCAUCUGUGCGGUACGUAGAGGAAGAUGGCGUAGCGUAUGGUUCGGAGACAUGGGGUCUGGAUCGGAUCAACCAAAGGGACCUUCCUCUAGAUGACAGCUUCACUCCUAUCGGUAAUGGGAGUGGUGUGAACGUAUACGUCCUUGAUACCGGGAUCAGAACCACUCAUGAGGACUUCGAGGGCAGGGCGGAAUUCAGCUAUGACGCCAUGAACUACGCUAUUGGGAAUGACGGUGACUGUCACGGGCAUGGGACACACUGUGCAGGUACCAUAGCUGGCAAGCGAUACGGUGUUGCCAAGGCCGCUAAAGUAUAUGCCGUACGAGUUCUUGGUUGCUCCGGCCCUGGCUCUUGGUCUGCCAUUAUCGAUGGUAUGGAUUGGGUUGCUCGUAAUGGUAUACGUCCAGCUAUUGCGAGUAUGUCACUCGGUGGAGGGGGAAUCAGAGCAGUAGACGAGUCACUGAGGAACCUUCACAGAGAUGGGGUCACCGUGGUAGUAGCCGCUAUGAACAACGAUUUAGAUUCAUGUGCAUUUUCACCUGCUAGGGCUCCUGAGAUUUAA